AAACCCUUAUUUGAUCGUAUGGUAUUAAAACGAGAUUUUUAGAAGGAAUAGACUUAUUCUGUCAAACACCAUGACGAUAGAUAUAGUGUCCAUGGACACUAUUACGUCUGGAAUCGAAGGCUUAGGCCAUCUUUUUUAUAUAGUUAAUCCUUUUAAGACAAGUUUUCGUACGACGGUUGAGGUUCCUCAUUAUGUCAGUCGGGCCUCUUCAUGGUUUGUUGCAUUCAUCAUUAUCGAACGAAUUCUUCUGCGCAAAAAAGGCAAGGCCCCUCCUAUCAAUGACAGCAUCACCUCUAUGGCAUGCGGAUUGUUUAUGGAGAUAAAUCAUAUCGCCUUCCGUGGUGCGCAAACAGCUGCCUAUGUUUACAUCUAUGAAAACUACCGCUUGCAUGAGCUUCCAUGGGAUUCCUUAUGGACCUGGCUUGCUUGUGCAGUAGGAAUGGAUUUGGGUUAUUACUGGGCUCAUCGCGCAACUCACGAGGUGAACUUAUUCUGGUCACAGCAUCAGGUUCACCACAGCUCGGAGGAAUAUAAUCUGACGACCGCGCUUAGACAAGGCGUUUGGCAGGGAUGGAGUACCAUGUUUUACUAUCUGCCAAUGGCAUUCUUCAUCCCCCCGAGUCAAUUCUUCGUUCACUCCCAAUUCAAUCUUCUAUUUCAAUUUUGGAUUCACACAGAGGUUAUCGAUGACCUUGGUCCGCUCGAAUGGGUUUUAAAUACUCCGUCCCACCAUCGGGUGCAUCACGGAUCAACUCGUUAUUGUGUGGAUAAAAACUACGCUGGCGUGUUAAUAAUCUGGGAUAGGAUGUUUGGAACAUUUGAAGCCGAGCGAAGGGAUGAACCUUUAGUUUAUGGACUGAUUGAACAAGUGGAUUCUUUUAACCCAUUUUAUCUAGAGUUCUUUUACCUUCGUAAAGUAUUUGAAAAGAUGCAAUCCAUGUCAACAAUAACCGAUAAGCUUAAAGCCAUCUUUUACGGUCCCGGAUGGGUUCCCGGAUCUCCUAAACUCGGCCAUUAUGAUCAGCUUCCUGAAACAAUUGUAAGAGAGAAAUUUUCUCAUUCGCUUACCCCGCAUGACCAAAUCUACGCGACAAUUCAUUUUCUGUUGUUGAGUGAGGGUUAUCGUGUCCUGGUAACUCAAUAUGAAGAAUAUGACGGAUGGCUAUUGUACGGAUGCUGCGCGUAUAUCAUUGUCUCCUUGGUCAGCAUUGGACUGCUUUUCAAUCGAAAUUCUUGGUUUCCAUGGAUUGAAAUGAUUCGCUGUUUGGUUUUCCUUGCCUACCAGCUACAUUUUAAGAUAUUCCUAACGGAAACGAUUGGGAUGAAUUUACUCAUGAACGGCAUUAGGCUUUUUUACCUAUACUCUGCAUUGCAAUGCAAAAUUGAGUGCGUUCGUCAAUUUAGGGACAUAAUGCAAAAAGACAAGAUUAAAUAAGCUCCAAAAAAUUGUCCUUGCGACCACGGAUAUUGUGAAGAAAUACAUUGUACGAAGCAGUA